ACUAAGGAAGCUUCUUUCUUUUUAUUAUUUUUUAUUUUUAUUUUACUUUCCUUUUUCAUUAUUACAUGUUACGACUAUAACUACAAGCAGUACACAUCAACCUUUCCAUUCCUUUUUCUUUAUUGUUACAAGUAUAUAUUAAAUAUCAUGCUAAAUUCACCAAGGAAUUCUGUUGCUCAUAAUCAACAAGCAAAGUUGGCAGUGGAUUAUAAUGAAUUAUUAAAAGAACUAUCAUCUCAUGAAAUAACCUCAGUUGGAUGUUAUACCAUAGGAGAAACCAUAGGCGAGGGCACCUUUGGCAAAGUUAAAAAAGGUUACCAUAAACUGACUGGUAAAGUAGUUGCUAUUAAAAAGAUCAGUAAACAACAUGCACCAAUGAUGGCUAGAGAAAUACAUCAUCAUAAACAAAUUAAACACCCAAACGUUGUCAUGUUGUACGAAAUGAUUACAACAGAAUCAGCUAUUCACAUCAUAUCUGAAUACUGUCCAAAUGGUGAUCUCCUAGAUGCUCUUACCCUCUCUGGUGGUCGCUGUUCUGAAGCAAGAGUUCACAAAUGGUUCCAUCAGCUGACAGACGCAAUCAAUUAUUGUCAUAUGCAUCAUAUUGUUCACAGAGAUCUCAAAUUAGAGAACAUACUAUUAGAUGCUGACGAUAAUGUCAAAAUAUGCGAUUUUGGCUUUGCAAGAUACAUUCAAAAAAACCAAUAUUUAGAAACAUUUUGUGGAAGUCUAAGUUAUUCAGCUCCAGAAGUCAUCCUUCGUAAAAAAUACACCGGCCCUGAAACCGAUAUCUGGUCUUUAGGAGUCAUACUUUAUACCCUUCUCGCUGGAGAAUUUCCUUUCGAUGACGAUUCUGAAGUUGUUACGCAAAGAAAAAUUGUUCAAGUGGAUUACCAAAUGCCUUAUUAUUUCAGCUCAAAGCUAAGUAGUCUUAUCAACGGCAUGCUUCAAUUAGAGCCUUCAAAUCGUUUCAGUUUGGAUGCUAUUAUCAAUCAUCCUUGGAUGACCGAGAUUGAGGAUUACAUGAUCGAUGAGGGUUUGACACCGUCCUCUUCAACUACUUCAAAUAACAGCACCUCAACAGACAUCGACUUGAUCGUUGAAAGCGUGCCAACAUCGCCUCAAUUCAUAUUCUCACCGCAGAUUAAAUCCAGUCUGGGUCUUACCGAAAAAUCACCUCGAUUCUCUGCACCUACUUUGAAUAAUAAUCGAUACUCUUCUACAUCGCCGUCUUCCUUCAGAACAUCAUUACCUAGCUCAUUUGCCCAGCAAAAGCCUCAAGGAAUGACGCCAGUUGAACAGCGUCUGUUUGCAGCGCUGACGGCGGCAGGCUUUGACAGAGAUGCACUCAUCAAGAUGCAGACAGGCGAAUGUGAUACCUCGAGCACACUUUGGCACUUAUUACUUGAGAACAUGACCAAUAAAUCUCAAGAAGAAAUAGACUCAGUUCCCAAUGCAUUUGCAUCUGCAAUAGAAAACCACCAGAAGAAAUCAAAUGCCGUAGACUGUGGCAUCCAGACAAGUCCAACUAUCAGCCGUAGUAAUAGUAUUAGUCAGCCAGCUGUGCGUUUAGAUUCAUUUGAUAUAAAACCUUAUCCUAAACCAACUGCACAUCAUACUAUCCAAACCAUCGGCUUUGGAUCAACAACACAACAACAAGAUAAACCAGGGUGGUUUACCUCUGUCAAAUCAUGGUUUGGCUCCAAACAACAGCAACAACAGCAACAACAGCAACAACAAGCACAUCGAUCAAUUGCCACUUCAGCAAACAACAAUAAUUAUACUAUACCUGCAGUAAAUACCAGAGAUGACGACCUGAUCAUGUCACCGCCUAUCUACAGAACUGGAUCUCAAAAAUAUCGGCGUAGAAUGCUUCAGCUGACUGAACCACCGGUGAGCGAAUUGGAUCAAUUGACUUAUAAUGGCACAGUUUUUACGAGCAAAAAUACCAACAGCAAAACUACAACAGCAAGCAUCACUACUACAAGUAGCAACAGUUUGCGUGAAUACACUAAACAGCCAUCAGCUCAUGUUGUCAUGCCACCUACUGCGCUUACUUCAGCACGUCUUGUUGCUGAUACCUUUUCUAUUAUAAGCGAUGAUACAGCACAACCAAAAGAAAUAGAUAUCUGUGCAAAGCGGUAUUCAAUGAUGUACCUACAACAACAUCAACAGCCAACACCACCUCCUUCCCCUCCUGCGAUGGCUGCCUCUCCGCAAAAGAACUCUCAAGUAGAAUACAGCAUUGUUCCUUCUCCUGCUAUAAGUCCUAUAGAGGAAAAGGCGCUCAGCCUAUCACCGGCGCCCGAGAAAAAGAUACAGGAUGUAUCAUCUCAAUCGCCGCCGCCACCGCCACCGCCUGUCUUAGAACUUAAGCAAGAUCAAUUUAUCAAACCCAAAGAAACAUCUCCCUCGCCACCUCCUAUCCUUUCAACUGGUAUUUCAACUACUGUUUCUAUAGAAAACACUCUUUCUUCUCCCUUCAAAGCACGAUCUUCAAGGUUUGAAUAUGCGCCAAGAUCUAGACUAAGCAUAUAUGGUAUGCAAGAAUCUAGAGUGUUACCGAUAACCAGCAAGACGAUUAUAGAAGAAGAAGAAGAAGAAGAAGAAUAG